UCACUCAUAACUUUAAAGACCAUGAACCCUCUUUUUUCUCUCUCUAUGGAAUUAGAAUUUAGAAUUGGAAUUCCUUUUUGUUCUUCUUCUUCACUCCUCCUCCUCACACUUCAAUCAAUAAGUUCUUAAUGAAGAUACCCUUUUUAUAAAUGUAGUUUGUUUCCAUUAGCAAACUAAGAAUCAUAUCAUUUGCACAUUUCUUGGUCAAGUUUAGAGGAAGGGUCAUUUUCUUUUCUUUUUUUCCAAAUUCUGUUGGACUUUUGUUGUUGGAUCAUUUAGGGUUUUGAGAAAUUCCAAGAGGGGGGGGGAAUAAAGUAGUAAUUGUUGAAAUGGGCAUUUGAUUGUUGUGUUUUUAGGGUAUUUGUUUGAAAAUGGGAUUAGGACCUCCUGAAGCAGCUGCAGGAGCUAUUGAAGUGGAGACAUGGAGGAAGGAUGUGACAACAAAAGGAAGUAAGAAGAAGAAGAAGAAAGAUGAUGAGGAGGAGGAGAUUAAUACUGGGUGUUGGAGUAUUAGGUUUAGUUUUAUGGGAAGUAGCUGCGUUUCUUCAGAAUCUAAAGUUGAUACUUCCAUGAGUGGAGCUAGUAUUCGUUAUGCGGAUAGUAAAUCAACGAAUGAUACCAGCAAAGGACAGCCAGUUGCCACAAUUGGAUCUUCUACAACUACGACUGGUAGUGUAGAAAGUAACCCAUCUACUUCCCAGAUAAGCGAGGAACUGAGAAUUGCUUCCCAGCUUCGGAAAUUUGCAUUCAGUGAUCUUAAGUCAGCUACAAGGAAUUUUAGGCCGGAGAGUCUUCUUGGAGAGGGAGGAUUUGGUUGUGUAUUCAAGGGGUGGAUUGAGGAGAAUGGAACGGCUGCGGUGAAACCUGGUACAGGCCUUACUGUUGCAGUUAAAACUCUCAAUCAUGAUGGACUUCAAGGUCAUAGAGAGUGGCUGGCCGAGGUCAAUUUUCUUGGUGACCUUCUCCAUCCUAAUUUAGUCAAAUUAAUUGGUUACUGCAUUGAAGACGAUCAGAGGCUACUAGUAUAUGAGUUUAUGCCUCGUGGAAGCUUGGAGAACCAUCUUUUUAGGAAAGGGUCCCUGCCUCUACCGUGGUCCAUUAGAAUGAAAAUAGCACAUGGAGCUGCAAAGGGACUUGCGUUUCUUCAUGAAGAAGCAGAAAGACCAGUUAUCUACCGAGAUUUUAAAACAUCCAACAUCCUAUUAGAUGCGGAUUACAACGCCAAGCUUUCCGAUUUUGGACUUGCUAAGGAUGGUCCUGAAGGAGAUAAAACUCAUGUAUCUACUAGAGUUAUGGGAACAUAUGGCUAUGCAGCACCAGAGUAUGUAAUGACAGGUCAUUUGACGUCAAGGAGCGAUGUGUACAGCUUCGGCGUAGUCUUACUUGAGAUGCUGACUGGCAGAAGAUCUAUGGACAAAAACCGGCCAAAUGGAGAGCACAACCUAGUGGAAUGGGCCAGGCCACAUCUUGGAGAAAGGCGGCGGUUUUACAAACUAAUAGACCCUCGUCUUGAAGGGCACUUCUCCAUAAAAGGUGCACAAAAAACUGCUCAACUUGCGGCCAACUGUCUUAGCCGAGAUCCGAAAGCUAGACCUCUUAUGAGUGAAGUUGUUGAAGUCCUGAAACCAUUACUGAAUCUCAAGGACAUGGCUAGCUCCUCAUACUACUUCCAAAACAUGCAACUAGAAAGAACUGGAUCCGGUCUCAGCUUGAGUAGUAAAAGUGCUAGCAGAUCACAGGUAGGAGGGUCUACUCAAAAGAAGGGCCCACCGAAGAGAAGCCUCACCAUGCCGAAUGGUACGCAUACAUCUCCGUAUCGCUAUCAGCACCAUCCAUCGCCAAAGCAAAAGCCAAUUGACAAAAAGACAUGAAAGGAUCUCCUCAUUAUGCUUCAGUUUAUGCGCCUUCUUGUUUUUACUGUUACAUAAAGUAUAUAAAACAGAUUCAUCCCUUUUAGAUAUAGUGGUCAUUUGGAGUCUAUGUAAACUGGAUAAGUUUGGAGUCCUAAAUGCUGAACAUACAGAACGCAUAGCGCUACUUGAAUCUGUUUCUUGGGCUAGUAAUGAAGGCUGUGGUGGGACUGGAAGCAAAGAAGUAGCUUGGCAGGCUUAUUGUAACAUUAUCGAGGAUGUGAAAUUUCUUUUGAAUUCUUUUGGUAGAUGGAAGUGGAACUAUAUAAACAGCAAGCGUAAAUCUGUAGCAGAUAUUUUGGCCAACGUUGCUAAAACUGAAGUGAACUCUAGUACA